AUCUUCCCGUCUCCCCAGGAUGCAUGACAUUCUUACAGCAGCACUUGCCUUGUUGCUUUGCGCCUGGUUCUCGACUGCGCAAAGCCUAAGCAGUCUACCAGCCUGCUCCCAAGCAUGCUUCGGCGACGACUUUGGCGGUUGCUCAUCGCUGGACGUUGCCUGCAUAUGCGCAAAUUCGGCGUUCAUAAACCAAGUCGUAUCUUGCGCAGCCGCGUCCUGCUCUUCCGAGGACCUAGCAACCACGAUCAACUUUCUGGAGGAUCUUUGUCAAGCGAGUGGAAUUACACUAGACCUUCCAGCGACGUUGACGGUACAAACAAGCAUCCAGAGUCUGGGCGCCACCACCACGGCCACGGGAACGACUGCCCCCAGUGCACCAUUUAGAGUGUCGUCGUCGAUACCCUCCGGCACGACCUCCUCGGACUUAGGGAUUGAAACCACAAGCUCUGGAUCUGAACUUCCAUACUCUACUCAGACCUCGUCUACGACAGCGGCAGAGGGAUCGCCAGACGCAGCCACGAGCACCCAGUCUACGUCUCCGUCGGCUACCACCAAGCCAUCUUCCUCCCUCUCCGCAGGUGCCGCAGCAGGCCUGGCAGUCGGUGUCACUCUUUUUGCCGUCCUUGGCGCACUCGGAGCGUUUCUCUUCUGGCGCCGUCGGAAAAGAGCACGGAAAACGGCUCCCGGAAGCGAUAAUCUUGCAGCGGGCGGGACGGAUAAGGAAGUCACCACGAUAUCUUCGAAUGAGCCGUGGUACCGUGGGAAUGUGUAUUACGAGGCUGAUGGAACGCCGAGGAAUGAACUGGAAGAUAGGCAUGGGAUCGGUAUUGCACAGGGGAGGCACCGAGCGGCAGAGUUAGGAUCUUAAGCCAGUGACUCUCAAAGCUGUGUUACUCCAUUAUCGUAAGCGCGCUCGAAUUGCCGUUGCACGUGGAGAGAGGCUCCUCUGGCAUUUUCCUGGUGCCACCUACCUCAUGCUCUUGCUUGCCAACAAUAUCUUCGGAUAUAUCGAACCAGCCGUAGCGCCGACGCAUAUGAUGCUGAUGUGUAUCAUUCUGCUUUUCCAGCAG